AUGUCAAUCCUCUUCUACGGGCGCCCCGACUUUGUUGGAAAGGCUCCAGGACCUAUGACCGUGUCUUCAUGUCAGGCAUAUGUUAAGAGAACGUCAAAGCACAAGAGAUCCAUUCCGCCGGAUCUUUCAUUCGAGAAUGUUGUACAGAACAAGGCAAUGCCGCCAUGCUCGCGUCAGGACUUCAUGGAAUACCUUGUAUACGUCUCUCACGAUGCCGAAAAUCUGCAGUUCUGGCUGUGGUACGAAGACUACUCGCGUAGGUUCUUUGCGGCUCCCAAGUCUGAGCAAGCCUUAUCGCCACCCUGGUACAAAGCAGAAGUACCACGUCCUCACAGCAAUGACUCCAAUCAGACCGGUGCUACUAUCGUCGAGCGAGGGAACCCUGUGAGCACUGGAGGAGCGAUGGUUUCCGAGCUCCGCUUUGUCCACAUCGACCGCCCAGGCUCACCAAACUUGUCUCACCAUGACACACGGUCACUGGCUUCAACCACCAGCACUACUCUGUACCAUGCCGAUUCUGUCGAGGACGCCGACACGCAGAUGGGCCUGAAAUGCAAUUCAUCCACCAGCCAGCCUUUCCGUUCUGAGAUGAAUCGUGUCAUUUCGCACUAUCUCCAUCCUGGCUCGAGCAGAGAGCUCAAUCUCUCAAGUAGGGACCGCGCCGCCGUUCUUCAUGCCCUAGAACACACUACUCACCCCUCUGCGCUCACCCUCGUCAGAGACAUGGUCGAAGCUAGCUUGCGCGGUCAAUCUCACCCGAAUUUCAUCCGCUGGGCUAUCUGUAACGGCAACAAGCCACGCGUGCUCUUCGUCCGGAACUCAGGUAUCGCGCAUAUCGUCGCGGCUCUCAUUCUCGGUCUUCUGCUCAUUUUAAGCCACGCGUCAAGAUGGUGGAGGUUCUUCGUCUUUCCACUCUUUUUCGUUGGCUUCGAUAUCGGUGUCGCGGCUUACAAGGGUCUUUGCGUCAUCAUCCACACAAGCCAUCGCCGAGCUCUGCGCCCAUGGGAGCAAUUCAGCGAGGACGUCUCCCUUACCAGCUUCGAUAGCGGCCCUGAAGAGGAAGCUAAUCUAUCUACCGACGACAUGUUCAGCAUGGUCUCCCGCUCCAGAAAUGGUGUUUCACUCGACACUUUCGGGACAUCUAACAGCUACAGCCAUGAGUUGUGGGUCGAGAAAUACAGACAGAAGCAUCUGUUCCGGAAGAUUUUCACCAAGAGCAUCUGGGUGCAAGAACAGGCGGUGAGGUUGUUACAGGACAAGAUUGUGAAGCAGAGUCAUGCUUGGGCUCUGAUCAUCAGUGUCUUGUUGACGGCCUUGGUGGUGGCACUACCGCAGGCCAAUGUUAUCUAG